AUGAGCAACCCUUGCGAAUGCUGUGAGAGGAAGAUAAGGUUCAUCAGAAAAAUAAAUGGAAACUUUAUGCAUAGUUUGGUCUUACCAGACUGGUUUGUUAGUCAACUUGGGGGCAAAAUCUGGAGAACCAUCAAACUGCAAGCCCCUGAUGGUAUCAUAUAUGAUGUUGGAGUUAGUGAGAAUAUGAAUAGAAUUAUCCUCAAGUUUGGGUGGGCAGCAUUUCUUGAUGCAAAUGAAAUCGAAGAAAACUAUUCCUUGAUGUUACGGUACCUCGGUAAUGCCCUCUUUGAGGUUACGAUAUUUGAUUCCAAUGGGAAGGAGAAAGCCUUGUGCAGUCGCUAUGCUGAUAAUUCGAGCAGUUCUCAAGAUGGCGUUACUCAGUCGUCAGCAGGGGAAGGUUCAGAUUCAGGUGGAAGCCAGAAGGAAAGCUUGUACUGCUACAAAAAAUCAGCAAAGAUGCCUGCAGUAUCUUAUUCUUCUGAGGAAUUCUCAGAAGACAAUUCUGUGGAGUCGGAUGAUCAACAGAUGCUUUCAAAAUAUUGUGUCUUCUCAGGGCGGUGCUAUCUUACAGAAGCACAGAAGGCGAAAGUUCUUGCACUUGUAAAGAAAAUUCGACCCGAAAUCCCAGUGCUUGUUGUACAGAUGAAGAAGAGCAACGUCGAGCAGAGUGGUACUCUGGUACUAUGUAAAGAUUACGCACGCAAGCACUUGCCAUGCGAAGGAACAAAUAUCAUACUCCAGCUGCCUCGAAAAAACAAGGGUUGGAAGUGCAAAUUCCAUAUCAGGCCAUCUGGAACGUCGGACGCUGGUCGCCGCAACCUUUCAUUAGGGAACUUUGUCCCUGACAAUCAUAUUAGAGAAGGCGAUAUCUGCCUCUUUGAACCAAUGACAAUUGUUAAGGAGAAAAGAUUCACAAUGACUGUCCAUCUCCUUCACGAAGCGGGCAUUGAUCAUUCCCCUAGUGCAAGAACUGGUGUUGGCUCAAAUCAUGGAAGGAGAAGCACAAAGAUGGCAGGUGCUAUGGAGGAACCACCUACUGAUGGUGAAGAGUAUUCUUGGGAACAUGAAGAGCAUGGAGUCUCUGAUGAUUCUGAGGGAGGUUCCGAACCUCGCUUCAUGCUGGCAGACAAAGCUUCCCUAACUCGAGCACAAGAGAAGAAAGUGUUGGAGAAAGUUGAGGAAAUCGAGUCAGAAGUACCCUUGUAUGUUGCUAUCAUGAGCAAGUCCAAUGUCUAUCGGGGUGGUGGCGGCAGAUAUCUUGUUCAGAAGUCUGCUUCUGGCCAUCAUCGUGGAAAGAGUAGCCAGGUCAGUUUGGUGCUUCAUAGGGAGGGGAGGAGUGGAUCAUGGCCUACCAAGAUGCAACACAGCAUGCAACACACAACUCAUGCGAUGAGGGUUCUCAAAGGAUGGACGUUUUUCGCCCGCGACAACCGCCUGCGGGAGGGUGACCUCUGUCUCUUCAAGCUGAUAACGAAUAAGGAGCCUCUGACUAUGGUGAUCCACAUCAUUCGCCGCGAGGAAUGUUAG